AUGGCCUCCCAACAAGGGCCACCAUCACCGUCGCCGGCACCAGUGGCCACCACCACCGCCAUUACUGCUAUCGGCGACGACGUCCUCUGUGAGAUCUUCCUCCGCCUCCCAUCCCUCCCUAGCCUCGUCCGCGCAGCCCUCGCCUGCCGCGCCUUCCUCCACGCCGUCCGAUCGUCUCCCGCCUUCCGCCGCCGCUUCCGGGCGGUCCACCCGCCCCAAAUCCUAGGAUUCUUCAACGCAGGCAUUCAUUACCUUAUUCCCCUCGACGGCCGCUACCUAGCCGCGGCCGUCGACGGCAGCGAUUUCCGCUUCAUCCGGCUCCCGAAAGACAGAGACGAGACCAGGUGGAAGAUCCUCAAUGGCUGCCGCGACACCGCUGCGGCUAUGUCUUCCUCUGCAACAAGAACACCAACCAGAUAG